UGAAUAAAAAUGUAGCUUGUCUGUCAAAUACAAGACUAUCAUUAAUUAAAAGUUUAUAUAAUAGAACAACCACAGUGAUUCUUCAUUAGUACAUACGCAACUAUGCUAAUGUCAUAAAUAAUUACAAUUUAGUCUAAAUUUUAACAGCAAUCUCUUAAAAUGUUGCACUCAAGACUUUUUAUAUAGUUAUUCACUUAUUUGUAUAAGAGUUCUUUGAGGUUUUAUUAAGGUUUUUGCCACAUUUAAUUUUAAUUUGACUAUGCAUAAAUUAUUUUGUGUUGUUGUGCAGUCAUUGCCUAUUUUUAAUUAUCUCUACAAUACAUGUUAAUUUAGCUUUUAAAGGUGUUCUGCUGGAAAGUCUUUUAUUAUAAACAACAAAUACAGAAUUAUACAGUAAUAUACAAAAAUAUAUGCCAGAGUGUUCUGCCGGAAGGUCACAACAAACGUUCUAAUCGAUCCCGCCAAAAGGGUGUGGUUUGUUGAAUGGCGUUCAAUGAUUGGCUUAAAAUCUUACUAGACUCCAACCAAUAAUCACGCGGCACUGUUCUUUAAAUACCGCGAGCGACCGCAUGAUAACUCAUUAGUUUUUUCAGUUUGAGCUUAAACACUGAAUCAACUAUGAGCGGCAGAGGUAAAACCGGAGGCAAAGCCAGAGCUAAGGCUAAGACUCGCUCUUCCAGGGCUGGACUGCAGUUCCCCGUUGGCCGUGUCCACAGGCUGCUCCGCAAAGGCAACUAUGCUGAGCGCGUCGGUGCCGGUGCUCCGGUGUAUUUAGCGGCUGUGCUUGAAUAUCUGACUGCUGAGAUCCUGGAGUUGGCUGGAAACGCCGCUCGAGACAACAAGAAGACCCGUAUCAUUCCCCGUCACCUGCAGUUGGCAGUGCGCAACGACGAGGAGCUGAACAAACUGCUGGGCGGAGUGACCAUCGCUCAGGGAGGUGUGCUGCCCAACAUCCAGGCGGUGCUGCUGCCCAAGAAGACCGAGAAGGCUGCCAAAGGCAAAUAAGCGCUCCAGAAAUCCGCUUUAAAACCCAAAGGCUCUUUUAAGAGCCACCCACUCUAUCUAAGAAAGGGCUGACAUUUCUUAACAAUAUAUUAGAUGUAGCACAUACAUUAUCAUAAGAGAAAUCAUUGUUCUCUGUAUUUGUAUUUUGCCUAUUAGUCUUUCAGAAAGUGUUUUCAGAAAACCGCUUUAGCAAACCAGGCUCUUAACUGAAUCUUGCCUUCUCUAAAAUCUAGCUUUUCCUCAUGUACAUUUAGAUAAACGUAAACAAGGAGAACAGCAUAAUCUUGUUUUACAGGCUGUUCUAACGUUUAAAAUAAUUAGCAUUUAUAAUUACAGCAACAGUGUGAUAAUCUUUCAUACAAUAGUAUGCAGUUCAGCUCCAGGAAGUUUAACUCAAUCUCUAUAAGCCAAUAGUUUAAACAUGAUUAACUCAUUUUUUAAAGUAAAUUAUAGCAUUAUAUUAUGUUUAAUCUUGUUUGCUUGAGGCUGAUGAAGUUACUCUUCUGCAGUGACAUUUGUAUUGUUCUUAUUUAUACAACUUCAGCAGAGACAUUUAUACUGAACGGAACAAUCAUUUUUAUUUAACUGAAGCUAUAUUAUACCACUGCUCUCUUGAUCUGCUGUAAUGCUCCAAAAUGUGAAAUGUUGCAGUACAUUAUACUACUGAUAAAAAUGAAAUGAUUCAUUGAUUAUUAUGUGCUUUAUAUACUAUAGUUAAACUACGUUUUUGCCUUUUCUACUUUUACUAAAAUUCAUUAUCGAUUUAUUUAUUUUUAUUUUUUAGCAAGAGUUAAGCCUUUGUAAGUCAUACUUACAAUAAAGCAUUUUGGGCGGGAAACAAAGUGUCUCUUGCUUCCGUUAGUUCGAACACAAAAGGCGCUGUGAUUGGCCAGCAACUAUAAACAAGCCAAUCACAAGCUGCUGCGCCUCAACGGCAGGGACUCAAAGCCGUGAAACGCUUUAAAAGCGGCCGGUCACACACAACGGUAUUCAUCAGCUUAGACAUAUCUGAGUAGAGAGCUUGACCUGC